AUGGAAUAUGACGAAUUAAACGAUUUGAUAAACAAAUUUAAGGACAAUCCACAAGUGUUAAAAGAGUUUGAAAAUAUUUAUAUACAAAAUAAUUGUAAUUUUUACAGUAAAAUCAAAAUUGAAGAUAUUGAGCAGGGAUAUGCUCAAAAUGGGGAAGGAAAAGUUCGAAAUGAGGAAGGAAAAAUUCAAAAUGGGGAAGGAAAAAUUCAAAAUGGGGAAGGAAAAAUUCAAAAUGGGGAAGGAAAAAUUCAAAAUGAGGAAGGAAAAAUUCAAAAUGAGGAAGGAAAAAUUCAAAAUGAGGAAGGAAAAAUUCAAAAUGAUGAAAGAAACGAGUUUGAACGAAUCACAAAUAAAAACUUUUAUAUAUAUACAGAACAAAUGGUAAAGAAGCUGAUUAAAGAAAAUGAUGAAAUAAACAAAACUUAUGAGGAAAUAGAAAAAUGUAAUAAUACAUAUGAUGAUGUAAAUAUAAUAUUAAAUAAAUAUAAAAAUAAUAUAAAAGACAUUUCAGAUAAUAUUAAAAAUAUAGAAAAUUUGACAAAUAAUAUGGAUGAUAAAAUUAAAAAUAGAAAAAAAAUUGUUGAAUUAUUGAAUGUAUAUAUUAAAACUGUUUUAAUAACCCCACAAUUAACUAAUGAUAUAAUUAAUAACGAAAUAAAUGAUAUGUUUAUUAAAAAUAUAUAUAUUCUAAAUAAAAAAAUAGAAAAUUGUAGACAUUGUUUAUUUGAUUCAUAUCCUAGUAUUAGUACAUCUUAUAAUGAAUUGGAAAAGCUUAAACAUAAAGCUAUUAAUAAAAUAUAUAAUUUUUUUAUUUCAAAAUUAAAUGAUAUAUCAAAUAAAAAAAAUAAUAUAUAUCUUAUUCAACAACAUAUAAUUAAAUAUCAUAUACUUAAUACAUUUUUAUAUAAUAAUAAUAAAAAUGCAUAUACAUAUAUAAUUAAGAAAUAUAUUACUAUUUUAAAUAAAACUUAUUAUAACUUAUUCCAAACUUAUAUUUCCAAUUUUAUCGAUAAACAAAUCAAAUUUAAUGAUGAUAUAACAAUUGGAAAAUCUUCACCAUCAUAUUUACAAGACAAACAAAAUAAUAAUUUAGGAAAUACAAACAAAUCUUCUACUAACUACCACCCCCCCCCUCAACCAUCCUCUACCUUCGCAGACGCAACCCAAAUCGGAAAUUCCCAGAACAGGUCGGAAAAUCGUCCCAAAAAUCACGACACAAAUCGUGCACCAAAUAACGACAAAAAUUGUGCACCAAAUAACGACCCAGAUAACGACCCCAAUAAUGCUGCCGGGAUAUUCGUUUCCAGUCUUACGGGAAUUGGGGAAGUAGGGAGUUCAGGCAUCGCUCUUGCAAAAAAUAAAAUGAUGGAUAUGUUUGGAUUCAGUUUUAAAAAUAAGAAUAUAACUGAUAAAAGAGAAAAUAUAUUUUUAUUAAAUAAUAGAGAUAAUAUAUUAAAUGAUAUAAAAAAUGUAUUUUUAAACGAUGAUAAAGAAAAAGAAGGUAAUGAAAAUAAUUCAGUACCAACUAUUUCUAUAUCUAAUAAUACAAUAUAUUAUUUUGAGCAUAUUUAUAAAUUAAUAAAUAAAUUAUUUAUAGAUACUGGAACGAGUGAAUAUUUAUUUAUUUCAAAAUUUUUUAAAAAUUAUGAAAAUAUUGAUUUUUUAUUUUUGGAAAUAUAUUCUAAAACUAUAUCAGUAUGUUUUAAUUAUUUUAUUAAUUUUAUAAAUACAACAUUUGAUUUUAUUUCUCUUUUUAUUAUUUAUAUAAUUAAUAUAUAUAAUGCUUAUAUAAUUAAAAAUAGACAAAUUUUAUUAUUAUAUGAGGUUGUAGAAAAAAUUCAAAAUAUUGUUUGGAAUAAAAUACAUUACAUUAUCAAUGAAAAUUAUAAGUCUAUUACAAUUUUUGUUAAUCAUGAUAAUUUAUCAUUUUAUAAAUUAGAUAAAGAUCAAAUUCAAGAUAAAAAAACAGUAUAUAACACAAUUUAUCGAACUCAAAUUGUUGCACCUUAUAUUCUUACUGAUAAAAAUAGCAUUCCCAUAAAUUAUACUGAAGAUAAGUUUGUACAAAUAUAUGAUGAUAAAAAAAAUAAAGAUCUUAAAAAUGAAUUAGAUGAUAUAAAAACAGGAAAUAAUAUCAAUAAAAUGAACCAAAUUUAUAUCACUCCACAAUCUAAUACUGAACUAAAAAACAAUUACAUAUAUAAUAAUGAAAAAAUCAAAAAUACAACACAACAAAAAGCAACAAACCUCCUUAGUUCUUCAUUUCCAAUUCAUAUUAAAUAUGAUGUACAUUCUAUUACAAAAGCAUUUUCUGAUUUUUAUUCAUCUUUAAUUAUUUUAAAUAAGCUUGCAUAUGACUAUGAAUUCAUGUUUCGAAAGAAGUGUUCAGAAGGGAAGCACACAAAUGAAAAUGAAGCGGAAAACGGGGCGGAAAAUGAAGGGGAAAACGGGGUGGAAAAUGAAGGGGAAAACGGGGCAGAAAAUGAAGGGGAAAACGGGGCGGAAAGACAUAUUGAAUAUGUAGAAGAAGAAAUACAUAAUGAACUAAUAAAUAAAUAUAGGCAUUUAAAUAAUUUUAUUUCAAAUUUUGAAAAUAUGAUCAUAAAUGUUUUAUUAAAUUUAUCAAAUAAUUUCCAAAAUAUAAAUGAUAAAUUAUUAUUUCUAAUAAACAAUUAUUAUCACAUUAUAACCAUUUUAAAAAAUAACAAAAUAAAUGAAGACAAAAUAAAUCCUUUUGAAAAAGUUAUUGAAAAAAAUAUAUCCUAUUUUAUUGAUUUACAAUUAAAUAAAUAUAUUAAAGAUAUAAUUUUGUUUGUUUCUAAACAUGAACAUAUUUUAGAAAAUAUUGAAAAAAAAUAUAUAAAUGAUAUAACCAAUAAUAACAUAAAUAAUGUUAAUAUAUUAUCACAAAUAGAUAUAAAAUUAAUGGAAACUACUGCUUUAUUUUUUACUAAUAAAUGGAAAGAAUUGCUUAAAAAUGUAGAGGACGAAAUUUUAAAAUCAUUUUCAAAUCGUGUUAAUUCUAUAAAUAUAUUAAAAACCCUUAAUACAAAAAUACUUUUAUAUUUUACACGAUAUCAACAGCUAAUUAAACAAAUUUUCAAAAAUUCAGAAACCCCAUUAUCUCUCCAAAAUUUGCCAUCUAUAGAUAUAAUUCUUACACAAAUAAAAAAAAAUUCAAAAAAUUUAGAUAACGAAGGAGAAUAUUUCUAA